CACACCUGGCGUUAAUCAGCUGAUGAAAGGCGGCUCCGAGGAGGAGCUGCUUCUCUUCUCCCUGUCCUUUCCUCUCCAGUGCUGAGUGGACCUGUGUGCUGACACCAACCAUGAAGCUAUAUGGUCUGCUGGUUGUGUUUUUAAUCAUCUGUGUUGCCCCUAAAGCUUUGGAGACGUCUCAUCCUAAACCGAGCUGUCACUACCCUCCAUCUCAGUGGUGUCGAUCCCUGGAAAUAGCUAUACAAUGUAAGGUUCAGAAACAGUGCAUGGAGGUCAGCGCUACCAGGCCACAGCAGGCGGUUCCUCCAGUAUCUGUCACUCUGUACUAUGAGAGUCUGUGUCCGGCCUGCAGGAUCUUCAUCACCCAGCAGCUGUUUCCUACCUGGACCAUGUUGCAGGACAUCAUGGCUGUUACGCUGGUGCCAUACGGGAACGCUAUGGAGGUUCCAACAGCAAAUUCCCCCUUCACAUGUCAGCACGGAGAGCCUGAAUGCACAGGAAACAUGAUUGAGGCCUGUAUCAUCCAUUUAACGGGACACUCGACCGCAUUUCACAUCAUCUACUGCAUGGAGUCUUCUUCAGAUGUCCUCAAUGCUUCAAAGCCUUGUCUCCAGCUGUACGCUCCCUCUGUCUCCUGGUCCAGCGUUGACUCCUGUGUGAAGGGAAGUCUGGGACGCCAGCUGAUGCACGCCAACGCCAUCAUGACCAGAGCUCUGUACCCAGCACAUACACACGUCCCUUGGGUUACCUUCAACGGGGAAUACACAGAUGAAAAUGAAGACAGGGCAAUGUCCUCCCUUUUCCGUUUGGUUUGUGAGCUCUACAAGGGGGUGAAGCCUCCAGCCUGCACUGGAGCGCUGGUCCAACUGGACAGGAGCUUCUGCUGAAAACUACAAAAUGGAAACGCAUAAGUUUGCACGACACAGAGGUUGAGAGAAUGAGACAGCAUGAACUUUAAUGGAGGCAGUAUCAGCGCAACACAAAGGAGAGAAAGCAGGACCCUCCUGCUCGUCAGCACAUUUAACACUGUAUGGCACUGGUGUCGCCCUGAAAAGAGCCACGGUGCUGGAUUUAACAUGCUGACAGAAUUUAAAAAAAAAAAAAAAAAAGUGAUUGUUGGUGCAUCUAAAGUCGAGCUUAUGAAAAGUCGAACAUAUAUUUCAUAUCACAAUUAAAAUGAACCCAACGGGAUGAAUUUGUCCUACCCUACCCAGUGAUUCAAUUUACUCCACAUUAACGUAAGAACAGCAUAAAGAUUAAAAAUCAGAAAUGUACAGAAUGUCUUUAAAAUGUUGGAUGUUGGUGCUUUUAAUAUUUAUUCUACAUGUUAUUCAUACAUUUAUAUUGGACAGAUACGGCAAAAUGCAUAAAGCUGUCUGAAUUACUGCACCUACACAAUAAAAAUUCUCCAGUUUUACAGUGAUUUAGGUCGACUAAAAAUUUCAACUGCAGAUAAAUAGUUAAUGACACUUGGUGCGUCUGAAGGUCGACAAAAGGCUACAGCACCACAGAGCAUCUCUUAAAAAAGAUUAAAGGUGCGAAUCUCUGCUAAGCUGCAAUCUUUCAAAAAUGAAAGUGUUUCAUGUAAACACAAAGUGUAUUUUUAGUAUUUCUACUGUACUUCUGGAGCUUUAACAGUAGUAAAACAAUGAAACUAUUAUAAUUUUGCAUUCAAUAUUAAAGUAUCCCUUUAUGAAAA